AUGGCUUCGUGGUCUCGAAGUGAGAGUCGGGCAGCUUUGCGGUAUAACUUCGCGCGUGGUUUAAACGUAAACCAGUGCUUUGAAGAAACGACUUUGGCACUUGGAGAUGUUUUUUCACAUCAUACUACAAUAUUCAGGUGGUUCAGAGAUUUCCAAAGAGGAAAUUUCAGUUUGGAGGAUGCUCAGAGAGCGGGCAGGCCACGAACAUCAGUUAUGAAGAAAAACAUUGCUGCUGUGAGGAAAAUGCUUGACGAAGACAGACGAGUGACCUACAAGCGGAUAGAGAAUACCUUAUACCUUAAUGCACCAGCAAUUCAUUCGAUUCUGCAUGAUCAUUUGCAAGUAAAGAAACUUUGUUGUCUCUGGGUGCCGCACACACUGACUGAAGAGCAGAUGACACGACGUGAGACUUGGUGCCGGGAGAUGCUAAAAAGGUUUUCUAAGGAUCGAUUUCGGUAUGUAAACAGCAUCGUGACAAGUGACGAGACUUGGGUGUACUAUUAUGACGUGCCUAGACUCAAAACAAAGUUUGGAUUUUUGAAAAUGAAGAGACACCCCUUACUGUCCGAAAAUCUUGAUCUGUAAAGAAGAAAAUGAUAGCUGUAUUUUUCAAAUCGUUUGGAACUGUGGAGCG